AUGGACAUGAAAAAGAGGAUUCACUUGGAGCUACGAAACAAGUCUCCGUCUGAUGUUAGAGAGCUUGUUCUUGAUAACUGCCGGUCACCAGAUGGGAAAAUUGAAGGCCUCACAGCUGAGUUUGUAAACCUGGAAUUCCUCAGUUUGAUAAAUGUUGGUCUUAUUUCUAUUGCCAACCUACCAAAAUUAACAAAACUCAAAAAGUUGGAGUUGAGCGAUAACAGAAUCAGUGGUGGACUCGAUGUUUUAGCAGAAAAACUUCCCAACCUCACACAUCUAAACUUGAGCGGCAACAAAUUAAAAGAUAUCAGCACAUUGGAACCAUUGAAAAAGUUGUCCAACCUCAAAAGUUUGGAUCUGUUUAAUUGCGAAGUCACAAACCUGAACGACUACAAAGAAAGUGUCUUCAAGCAGUUGAAGCAGCUCACCUACCUGGAUGGUUUCGACGAAGAGGACCGGGAAGCUUCCUCAGAUGGCGAGGUAGAAGGGGACGGAGAGGGUGGAGAAGAUGACGAUGAUGAAGAUGGCGAGGAGGAGGAAGAUGAAGACGGAGAGGACUUUGAUGAAGAGGAUGACGAUGAGGAGGAUGAAGAGGAGGUUGAAGGAGAAGAGGAUGAUGUCAGUGGAGAAGAUGAGGAGGAAGAUUUUGGCCAAGAUGGUGAGGGAGAAGAGGACGAUGAAGAUGAUGACGACGACGAGGAUGAAUCGGCCAAAGGGGAAAAGAGGAAGCGAGAGCCAGAGGAUGAAGACGAGGAUGACGACGAUGAGGAUGACGAUUAG